AUGGGAAAUGCUUUAAAUGAUGUUGGUGAUAAUUAUGACUUUAAAUUGAUAUAAAAGGUUUAACAUCCAAUAUUUGGUGAAAUAGAUAUUCUGGAAUGUCAAAUUUAAGAUUUUCCUGAUAUUGAACAAUAUAUGAGAGUCAAACCUAAAUUAAACACCAAGGAAUAUAUCGCUUUCCUUAAGAGAUACAUCAAACUACAGAAUCUUUAUAAAUAUGAACUGAACUCUCCAUUUCUAAUUUAUAUAUCUAAUAAUAUAUUUGAAUGCCCUUCACAUUCUUUAUUUGAUGAGAUCUAAUUGAAAAGAUAGCAAGGAACUUAAUUUGCUGAGUCAGAAUUAUGGUAUCUAGCGAAGAAUUUGAUUGCAGGAUAUUCCAUAUAUCUUUAAAUCCCAGAAUUGAUCAAAACUACAUAAUUAAAUCUACAUAAUAUUUUUAUAACUAAAAAAGGCCAUAUUAAGUUAAGUUUACAUAUUUAGUUUUUAAUAAAUACCAAUAGCUUUAAGAAUCUAUAUAUUGAAGAAUCAUAAUACAGCCAUAAGAUUAGCAAGGAAAUUGGAUUGAUCUUGCUUGAUGCUAGUUGUCUGUCUUUUGAAGACAGUAUUAAAGUUAUGGAUAUGUAUUACUCCAUUGAGUAUUCCAAUUUUGUUAAGGAUAUGAUAGGUGACACAAAACCAUUAUAGUAUUUUCAAAAUUAUCAAAUGAGUAAGAAGAUAUCUUAAACCAUCUAUGGAGAAUCUAAAUUAAAGAAGACUAAAGCCUUACUUGAUUAAUAGCUAUAAUCAUUAAAAUAGUCAUAAAUAAUUGAUACAUAUCAUAUUAAGUCGCCUUCAAAAACAGAUCCAAAUCAAUUUGAUUAAGUCUCUAAAAUUGCGAGCAUACCUGAAGUAAAUCAAGAUUUAGAAUAGGAUCAAAUGAAAUCAGAGCAAAUUGAUUUUUUUUCUGGAAGGAAGUCAACCUAACCAAUUCCAAAUAUUUAAUCUGAAAUGUACUAUCAAUCUAAAGGAUAAUCUUUGCUAAUGAAUGAUUAACAACCCUAUAUAAUUCAAUAAUAACAAGUCUUAGAUUAUGCUUAUAUACCAAAUAAAUAACUUCUAAUUUUAUAAAAUGAUGUAUUAAGUGAAAAAUUCAAUUAGCGAUAUUGGAAUGCAAUUGAUUAAGCUAAAAGAUAAAUUUUAAUUUAUGAAUAAAGAAGCAGAUAGAUAUAUUGA